CCGUGCCGAAGGAAUGGGGGGCAGGCUAAGACUCGUCCCUGCAAAGCCUCAGGGGCCCCACGGGUGGGGGGAGGGCCUGAAGGAGCCGGGGCCCUGGUGUGUGCACUUAGCAGGGAGAAGGGGGAGGACUAGAUACCCAGUAAAUACCCGCUGGGCGCCAGGGAGGAGAUGCCCAAGGCCCGGCUGCCAAGGAGUCUUCCUCGAAGGCUCUGACACUGGGGCUUCACGCCCCGCCUUUCAGCCCAGGUCACUGGAGAGCUUUUGGGUCAAGAGGCAUGUGGCUGCUGCCAGUCUGGCGGGGAGUGGUCCCGGACCCCGCGCAGGAGAAAAAGGUCACCUGUGGGCGGGUGGGGGCUUCCCCUGGAGAACCAGAUGGGCAGUGUGGACGAAAGUGCCUGGGUCUGAAGAUGACAAACGGGUGGCGGCGCCAGCACAGGACCCAGAAGGAGGGCUGCCCCGUGAGACCAGCCUGACCCCCCCCGCUCGCCCCUCCUGCCUCGACACCUCGGCCCAGUGCAGCCUCAAAUGCUGGGUUCACGCGUGCGUGGUGCACCCAGGACGGCGUCCAGAACAAAACCCCAUGGCUGGGAGUGAGGCUCGGUCAGGCAGCCCAGCACUCGAGAACCCCGAGCCCCCCGGAGCCUCGGUGCAGGCUGAGUGCGGCUGUGCUGCAGCCCCCCUGCCUGUAUGUGGCAGCCCUGUCCCAGGGGACCUGGGAACGAGGCCAACUCCUGGGCUCACGAGGGGUGCCGGGAGUGCUGUCCCACCCUGGGCUGUCACGGUGUCCCCGGGGCAGAUGACGUGCAGUCUAGGCUGUGCCUGGUGCUCUGCGGCCUCCACGCGGCAGCUGGGGCAGAGGCAGUGCUUCGGUGGCCAGAGUUACACGUUAACUUAUCCUGUUCUUGUUUAACUUGCUCCCGGGGAUGGCGGCAGCCUCUGACCCGUCCCGGUGCCCUGACUGACUGGCCACAAGGACAGAGAUUGAAUCCUGCCCAGCCCUUGAGGGAUCAGUCUGCUCGGCCAAGGAGCCCCGGGGAGCCGUGGGUGGCACCAGUGUCCAGCCUGCCUCGAGGAGGCCCCGGCCAGACCAUGGCAGGACCCUGCGACAGGGCCCCUGACUUCCUCUCCCCAUCUGGAAACCAGGUCCUGUGGCCUGCCCUGGGCAGUGUGGUCACUCUGAACUGCACGGCCUCGGUGGUCUCUGGGCCCCACUGCCCCUUGCCCUCGGUCCAGUGGCUGAAAGAUGGGCUGCUGCUGGGCAAUGGAAGCCACUAUGACCUCCAUGAGGACUCCUGGGUCAAGGCCAACUGGUCAGAGGUGCUUGUGUCCAGUGUCCUGCGGAUCAACCUGACCAGUACUGAGGACUUCAGGACCUUCACCUGCUCCGUCCAGAACACCAGCUCCUCUUCCUUCACUCUUGGGAGAGCUGGCCUGGCUGGACAUGUGGCCGCGGUGCUGGCCUCACUCCUGGUCCUGCUGGUCCUGCUCCUGGCAGCGCUGCUAUACGUGAAGUGUCGACUCAAUGUACUGCUCUGGUACCAAGACACGUAUGGGGAGGUGGAGAUGAACGAUGGGAAGCUCUACGACGCCUACGUCUCCUACAGCGACAGCCCCGAGGACCGGAAGUUCGUGAACUUCAUCCUGAAGCCGCAGCUGGAGCGGCGCCGGGGUUACAAGCUCUUUCUGGACGACCGCGACCUCCUGCCGCGCGCGGAGCCGUCGGCCGACCUCCUGGUGAACCUGAGCCGCUGCCGGCGCCUCGUCGUGGUGUUGUCCGACGCCUUCCUCGGCCGGGCCUGGUGCAGUCACAGCUUCCGGGAGGGCCUGUGCCGGCUGCUGGAGCUCACGCGCAGACCCAUCUUCAUCACUUUCGAGGGCCAGCGGCGCGACCCCGCACACCCUGCGCUCCGCCUGCUGCGCCAGCAUCGCCACCUGGUGACCCUGCUGCUCUGGAGGCCCGGUUCCGUGACACCUUCCUCCGAUUUUUGGAAAGAGCUACAGUUGGCGUUGCCACGGAAGGUGCAGUACAGAGCGAUGGAGGGAGACCCCCAGACCCGGCUGCAGGAUGACAAGGACCCCAUGCUGAUUGUGCGAGGCCGGGUCCCAGAGGGUCAGACCCUGGACCCGGAGCUGGACCCUGACCCUGAGGGGGACCUGGGUGUACGAGGGCCUGUCUUUGGGGAGCCAGCAGCUCCACCGCAUGCAAGUGGGGUCUCGCUUGGAGAGGGCCAAGGCAGUGAAGUGGAUGUGUCGGACCUUGGCUCCCGAAACUACAGUGCCCGCACGGACUUCUAUUGCCUGGUGUCGGAGGAUGACGUGUAGCCCCUGCCCCCUGGAGCAGCACGAUCACCAGGGACGGCUGGGGGCAGGGCUGAUUUUUUUCCCACUCAGCAGGACCACGAGCCCUGUCUACCUGCAGCCCUGGGACCUCGGGGAAAGAGAGUGGGCCCAGCGACCGUCCUUGUGCCAGAAAUAAAGUCCUUUGGAAUCCUG